GUUCCACUCGAUAUUCUAGAGAGCUACACUUUAAUCUCUCGAUUUUGUUAGAAAAUGCUGUUUUGCCCGAGCUGCGCAAACCUGCUCGUCAUCUCCACUGAAACUGGCUACAAUAAGUGGGCAUGCAAUACCUGCGCGUAUGAGUUCCCCAUAACAAAACAGAUGACGUCAAGGACGCGUCUAGAGAGGAAGCAGGUCGACGACGUGCUUGGUGGGGAUGACAUGUGGAAGCAUGCCGAUUCCACGGCGGCAUCAUGUCCAAAAUGUGACCACGGCCGCGCGUAUUUCUACAUGCUACAGAUUCGUUCUGCUGACGAACCCAUGACGACGUUCUUCCGCUGCGCGGCCUGCGGGCACCAAUGGCGAGAAAACUAG